AUGGUAGUUAGUGUUUACAGAAGCCUAUCAUCCACGGCCAACGAGGAUGAGUCGCUGCUACUCACGCUACGUACGGCAGCUCGCCACAAUGGGAAACUUCUGAUCCUCGGGGAUUUCAACACCCCAGAGAUCAACUGGGGUAAAGAAAGUGCCCCAUCGGGUUCCUUUGGCCAUGCGUUACUGAACCUGCUGCACGAUGAAGCCCUCGUGCAACACGUAAGAGAGGAUACGCGAUGGCGAGAUGGCAGCAGGCCCAAUAGAUUGGACCUGGUAAUAACGAAGGGGGCGAACGAUAUAGAAAGUAUUCAGGUAAUGACCCCACUGGGUAAAAGUGACCAUGCACUACUUCAUCUUAUCAUAUCCAUCCGAGGAACGGGAAUACCCGCAAUGGCCGAAGUCAUCAUUAUAAAAGAUGAGAUAAAGGCCCAACUGCAGGCGCUGAAGAGCAUCAAGGCAGCGGGACCCGAUGAUAUUCACCCGGCUAUCCUGAAACCGCUGGCUGAGGUGCUUGCUGUACCACUAGCAAAGCCUUUUAACUGA